AUGGGGAAGUUAAUCUUUUUAGCACUUCUUGAGCUUCUGUUAGCUUCCCUAUUGAUGUUUCGGCCCGCCGUUUGUUCCAGCAACUUCACCGAUCGAGAUGCUCUCCUCCACUUCAAAUCAGCGAUCGAGGUCAACCCGACCAACACGAUCAAAGGUGGCAAUUGGACCGUGGAAGCAAACUUCUGCGAAUGGAUCAGCGUCGUUUGCAGCAACCGCAGGCAGAGAGUCGUGGCUUUAGACCUCUCGUACAUGGGUCUCCAGGGAAGACUCUCUCCUUACCUUGGCAAUCUCUCUUUCCUGGUUUCUCUUGAUCUUACCAACAACAGUUUCUAUGGCACGAUUCCGAAAGAGAUUGGUCGUUUACGCCGCCUGAAAGAACUCGUACUCCAAUCAUACCAGUUCGAAGGAAACAUCCCUCUUAACUUAGCCCAGUGCCAAAAUCUCAAAUUGAUGUCACUCGCACUGAACAAGCUAACGGGUGGCAUACCAAGAGAAUUCGGCGCCUUCCCUGAGUUGCAACAAUUGUUUCUUAGCUUCAACGACUUAGGGGGUCAAAUUCCAAGCUUCCUGGGCAACAUAUCCACAUUGCAGGUCAUUGGUUUGGUCAUGAACAAACUCACAGGUUCGAUUCCUCCGACUCUUUUCAAUAGAUCGCUCACGAGUGUCAUGUUGACGUACAAUGAUCUCUCUGGAAGUCUUCCCUCCUAUCUUUGCUACCGUUGGUCUAACAUUCAGAGGCUUUUGCUGUCUCAUAACCAAUUCAGUGGCCUGCUACCCGAGAUGCUAACCUGA